AUGUCGGGAGUUGAAUCAACACCACAGGAUGGAGAGCCCUCUUCAACUACUCCACUACUUGGUGAUGAUCAGCCCCCAAAGAAAGACAUUUCCAACAUCCGCGCCCUAGUGAUCUGUGCUGCAUUCAUCUUCAUCGUCGACUUUGCUUCAGAAUUGCAAUUUGCGCCCACGAAUCAACUCCUCGAACUGUCCGUGUGUCGGUCCUAUUAUCGUUCCCUUGACCCUUCCAAUAUAGCACCCGACGGUACUAUCCUGGGCAAAACCUGCAAGAUCGAUGUGAUUCAAAGAGAAGUUGCUAUGUUGAGGGGCUGGUUAGGGCUUGCACAGGCACUCCCUGGACUUCUCCUCGCCAUCCCCUACGGACUGCUGGCACAACGAUAUGGGCGCAAGCUGGUGGCAGCCUUGGGGCUCAGUGGUGAGAUCCUAGCUAGUCUCUGGAUCUGGCUCGCGUGCCACUACACUCCACGGUUCUCCAGCUGGGCCAUCGCCAUAUCGGCUAUCAUUCGCUUCAUUGGGGGCGGAUCCUCGGUGAUGUCGUCGAUGGUAUUUGCAUUGGUCUCAUCGUUUGCAUCCUCGCAUAGCCGCACCCGGGUCUUCUUCUACAUGGCAGUCUCUCAGAUGGUUGCUGAUCUCCUAUCUCCGCCGCUGAGCUCGUUGCUCUUGUCGCGAUAUGGGCCGGAUAUUCCCUACCUUAUGGGGACGCCUCUCGAAAUGGUGGGCUAUCUGGGUAUUUAUAUUCUCCCUAACCCGGACCCUCCGUCCGAUGGCAACAGCAAUGAGAGCGACAAGAGUGAAGCUCAACCCCCACGAGCGCGCAAAGCAACGCAUCCUAAAGAGGUCUUCUCCUACCUCCUCUCUCCCACGGGUCUUCUCCCUCUUCUACUGGCUUUUAUGGUGCACAAGCUCAGUCGUCAGAUCGAAGAGCUUAUCGUUCAAUACACGACGGUCCGAUUCGGUUGGACGGUUGCACAGAGCGGAUACCUACUUUCCCUCUCCGCAGCCAUGCAUAUCAUCCUAGCCUGUGCCAUCCUACCAUGGACUCACCGAUUCUUACUGACGAUAUAUGCUCGCAACAAUGCAGCAAGUGCUGAUCUCCUCCUGGCGAAAGGAAGUGUUGUAUUUCUUGCAGCAGGUCCUUUGAUAAUGGGCCUUGCUUCUCAUCCUGGGAUGUUGGUUCUUGGUCUCAUGCUCUUCAUCAUGGGCACCGGCUUUCGCCAAUCCGUGCAAUCGUAUCUAACCGGCGCUGUGCCCCCCGAGAACAUCACAUUGCUAUAUACCUCCAUCACUGUGCUGGAUGCAUUGGGAUCCCUGGCUGCUGCACCACUGUUGGCGUAUACUCUGGCUGCGGGGAUCCAGGCGGGGGGGAUGGCUAUGGGAUUGCCGUUUCUGUUGGCGGCGGGAUUGUAUACUGUUAGUGGGGUUGGGGUGUGGCGUGUUCGGUGACUGUGUAUGUAGUUGAUGAGUAUGAUUAGAG